UAAUAAUAUAAAAUGGGGGGUGAAUGACCUAAGUCAGAAUUAAAAAUUGAAAAAAAGAAAUAGAGAGAGAGAGAUGGGAAAGGAGAUAAAGAGGUUUCUACUUAAAACAGAACCGUCGGAGUGGUCGUGGGAGGACCAAGCAGCUAACGGAGGGAUAAGUAAAUGGGAUGGCGUUAAAAACAAACAAGCUCAGAAAUACCUCAAAUCCAUGUCACUCCACGAUCUCUGCUUCUUCUACCACUCUGGUCCAAAGUCCCGUCGUAUCGUCGGCGUUGUUUCCGUCGUCCGAGAGUGGUAUACCGAUGAUGUAGACGGCGGUGCGGUGGACGUGAAGGCUGUUGGAGAAAUGAGAAGAGCGGGUGAUUUAAAAGAGAUGAAACAUUUCAAGGAUUUUGCACUUUUGAAGCAACCUAGGCUUUCUGUUGUGCCUGUUCCUGAUGUUAUCUGGGAUAACAUAUGUGAUUUGGGAGGUGGAUAUCAUGGUGAUGGGAAUGAUGAACUAAACCCUAUCGAUUGAAUUUUAAUCAUAUGUAAAUAAAGAAACCAACAUCUUUUUCUACUUCAUCUAGUUUUGGCAUUAGACUUUCGGAUUUUAAUGUUUUAUUUUUCAGUUUUUUACUUUCUUUUCUUUUCAUUUGCUGAGAGAAUACAUGUGGAAUAAAAAAUGAACAAGGGAAAUUCGUGACACAGACUUGUCUUUUUCUGAACAAAAAAUAUAAGCUUGUGUAACUCCACAAGGGAAUUCGUGAUUUUAACUCUUUAUAUAUAAAGUUUAUUAUGCAAAUUUUGAUA